AUGGCCCCAACUAUUCACCCAUUCGAUUCCGUUAAGGACUAUGAAAUUAGAUUGGCCUCUAAAUUGGUCAAGGAUGCUUAUCCAGCAUCUGCCAAUGUGAACUUUGUUCAAAUUGAUAAAGUGGAUCCUCCAAAGCAAGACAUGAAGAAAUUCUUAGCUAUUGAAAAAGCUGGUGGUGCUUUACCAACCAUUUCUCGUGUUUUAUAUGCUUAUUAUUACACCAAUACUUUUACCUUCAACAAGGCUUUAGUUAACGUUACUUCAGGUCACAUUAUUACCAAGGAACAAUUGGAAAAUGGUGUUCAAGGUCCUUUGUUACCUGAUGAUGUUGGCAGAUGGGAAGAAAUUUGUAUUGCUCAUCCUUUGAUUAAAGCUGAAAUUGAAAAAUUGAAGUUACCCCCAGGUUAUGUUGUUCGUACCGAUCCUUGGAUUUAUGCUACUGAUGAUCCAAAUGAAAGAAGAGGUUUGGUUCAAUUCUACAUGUACCUUUGUGCUUCCAACGGUCAUGCUGAAUCUAACCAUUACUCUUUACCAUUAAAAUUCUCCCCAGUCUUUGAAACAAGAUCUGCUGAAUUUGUUCGUAUGGAUUACUUACCUGGUGGAUUUGAUGAGACCGUUACUCCAACCUUACCAUGGCAACAAGUUCCAUGUGUUGAAUAUCACCCAGAAUUGAAUGGUGAAACUGUCAUGAGAGAUCCAAAGCCACUUUUGAUCUCUCAACCAGAAGGUCCAUCUUUCACUGUUGAAGGUUCCAAGGUUAAAUGGUUAGGCUGGGAAUUCAGAGUCGCCACCACCGCCAGAGAAGGUUUUGCUGUUUAUGAUGUUUGGUUCAAGGGUAGACAAGUAUUCUACAGAAUCUCAUUAUCUGAAAUGACCGUUCCUUAUGGUGAUCCACGUGCUCCUUACCACAGAAAGCAAGCCUUUGAUUUGGGUGACUGUGGUUUCGGUACCAACGGUAACAAGUUGGGACUUGGUUGUGACUGUUUGGGUACCAUUCACUACUUAGAUGGUAUGUCUGUUCACUCCAAUGGUGAACCUUAUGUCAUUCCAAAUACCGUCUGUAUGCAUGAACAAGACAACGGUAUCUUAUACAAGCAUGUCAACUAUAGAACAGAUGUUGCCGUUGUUGCCAGAAAGAGAGAAUUUGUUGUUCAAACCAUCGCCACUGUCGCCAACUACGAAUACAUUAUCAACUUGAAGUUCUGUAACGAUGGUCUUAUUGACAUUGAAACCAGAGCCACUGGUAUUCUUUCUACCAUGCCAAUUGACGAAAACGUCACUGUUCCAUGGGGUACCAUUGUUGGUCCAAAUGUUAUGGCUGCUUACCAUCAACACAUCUUAUCCUUCAGAAUUGACCCUGCUAUUGAUGGCCACAAGAACUCUGUUGUCUAUGAUGAUGUUGAAAUGUUGCCAAAGAGUAAGUUGAACCCUUACGGGAUUGGUUUCGUCACAAAGAGAAACUUUGUUGAAAGAUCCGGUUACAUUGACCAAGCUCCAUUUGCCAACAGAACCUACAAGAUCAUCAACGAAAAUAAGAUCAACCCUAUUUCCAAGUCCCCAGUUGGUUUCAAGGUUAUGAUGCCUGCCAGACAAAUGAUCUUGGCCGACAAGGAUUCCUUCAACGUCAAGAGAGCUGCAUUUGCCACUCAACAAGUUUGGGUCACCAAGUACAGAGAUCACCAAUUGUUUGCUGCUGGUGAAUUCACUAACCAAUCCCAAAAGGAUACCGGUUUAGGUGUUUGGGCUGAUGGUAAGGAUGAAGUUAGAAAUGAAGAUAUUGUUGUCUGGGCCACCUUGGGUUUCACUCACAUUCCUCGUGUUGAAGACUUCCCUGUCAUGCCUGUUGAAACUCACAACAUUCACUUGCAACCAGCUAACUUCUUUGACAAGAAUCCAGCUUUGGACUACCCUCAAUCCAACCAAUCAUUCAACAAGUCUGUGUUGUACAAUGGUCAAGCUGAAGAAAAGGCCUGUUGCAAGACCAACUUAUAA